CGAAGCACGCGAACGUUAGGAACAGAACAGCUGGAGUGGAGCGACUAGCAGCUAACGUAGCUAGCUGCUAAUUGAGACCGCGUCAAUGACUCUUUGAUCAAUAUGACUUGCCCGCGUGUACUCGUGGGCCAUGGUCACGUACCUCGGCAGUCUCUGCGUCUCAUAGUAACGACACCUGCAGAAACUGACCGGGACCCGCGGUGCUCUGCAAACCGAGAGGCAGACGUCCCUGCUCGGCUGCCGCCGCUUACCAAACCUUUUCUAUUGAUAUUCCAUCAAUCGGUUCCGAUGUUUCCGUCACUGCGCAUGGCUUGUGGAUCGAUCAGUGAGUGAUGACAUCAGCGCGUCACCGUCUGGACUCCACGUGAGGUGAUCGAUCAUAAUCAGGUCUCCCAGUCUUGUCCAAAUGCUGCUGGGCUCAAUCCAGAUUAUGGGGGAGCUGCUGUCUGCAGCCGAGGUCCAGGAAAUCUGUGAGAGCCUGAAGGAGAACGGUGUGAGGCUGCUGUCUGUGCGCGGCUGCCAGCUUUCUGACCGCGACUUUGAGCGCGUUUGCCGCAGGGUUGCAGAGUCCACCUCACUCGCGCAACUAAACCUCAAUCUAGGCGUAGUCUCCAGCAUCAGCCGCACGCGCCUCCUGGCCGAUGCCCUGAGAGCCAACCGCUCCCUGCAGACCCUGUUUCUUCACGGUAGCCCACUGCUGGACACCGGUCUGCUGACCCUGAACACGGCCCUUUCCACCCACCCCACGUUGGUCUGUCUGGAUCUGGGCGACUGCAUGUUGGGUGACAAGGCGCUUGCUCUGAUCUGUGGGAUGCUGCCUCCAGAUGGAGCAAAGUCUGGUCUCAGGGAGCUAACGCUUAGCGCCAACCCCGGAAUAAGCUCCAAAGGUUGGGCCCGCCUCUCCAUCGCCGUGGCUCACAGCUCACAGCUUCGGGUGCUUAAUCUGGACUACAACCCGCUGGGUGAUCAGAUUGCAGGGAUGCUGGCAGUCGCUGUUGCGUCCAGCAGAACCCUGGAGGUGCUGGACCUUGAGGGAACCAACCUUACCAACCAGUCAGCUCAGGUUUUCCUUGACAUGGUGGAGAACUACCCAACAAGCCUGCGAGUUCUAGUACUGGUGGAGAAUGACAUCAGCCCAGAGCUGCAGCAGCAAAUAAGUGAUCUGCUGUCAAAUGGAGAUGACGAUGACAGAGAAGCUCCGCCCUCUCCACAGGGCUCCACCCACAGCUUUGCUCUGCAACCAGUUAAAGAGAAGCCCCGCCAUCCCACCUGGCUUCCACACAGCACUUCGUCUAGGAUGUAAAACCCAACCCCCACAAUGCUCCAGAACUUCUCUCUGCAGGUGUCUCUAAAGAUGUCCUGCUCUGCUUCUCCUCCCACUUACCCCCGACGGACCAUAGUCAGCAGUUCAAGUUAAGAAUCUUUUGUUUUCAACUAAAGUCACAUACGUUCUUUACAGUUUAUUGUUGCUUGUUAACCCAUAAAAACCCACAUCCAUUUUUCCUAAAAAUAAAAUUGUGUAUUUGACCACAAACCAAGUGGACCACAGAAUCCAUUUCUGAUAUUUUUGCAAUGACUAGAGGUCUAGGAUGCCUCAGAGGCGUCUGGAUUAAACUGGAGAGAUUAGGAACCCAAGAAAACACAGUAUCUUCUGGGUGGACAAAGGCUUGGCUGAGACCUGGGUCUAGUUCUCAGAUUCAGACAGAAACUUGCUUUGGUGCUGUAGCCAGUUAGCUUAGCUUCAACACUGCCAAGGGGGAAACUGUUGGCCUGUGUGGUUCAGUGCUGAGACGUUUGGUGAAGAUUUGUGGACAGUUCUGGAAAACAAAUCUGAUGCUUCCUGAAUGGUUUCUAAAUAAUAUGCUCUUACUGAUCCAGUGAUGGUGGGGAAGGGGUGUGUGUGAAGUGACCUGGAUAGUCCUGGACCUGGCCUGGGGUGUGAUGGUCUAACUGUGUUGUUUUCUGACCCCACAGACUCCUGGCCGGAGGUGGUCAUGCUGACAUCUAGUCUAGGUGAGACCUUUUUGGCUGAGACGGAGGCGUGACCCCUCCCACAAACACGCUCACCUCCUCUCAGACCGCUGCCCCUCCCUGGUUCAAAAAGUGCACAACACUUGAUUGGAAAGCUUAGUCAAUCAGAUACACGGUUGGAUGUAACACGUGUUGGUGGAAGACAAAUGUUUUGUCUUUCACAUGAAUGUUUAUCACUAUGAUGUCAAAAUAAUAAAACGUUUACAGCACCAGAAGAACUUGAA